AUGGACCUCUAUCACUCAGUGCAUGGCCACGAUGUCUCGAGCUUUGAUCUGCCAUCAACCCAUCGCUUGCCUACUGUGUCCGCUGCGCAAGCCAUAGAGGAACUGGACGGGAACCCCUCAAGAUACAUUUCGACGGGGCUCGAAGCCCUUGACAAUGUUCUCGCUAAUCAGUCGCCUGGAUUCGGGGCCCCGGACAUGUGCCCUGGCGGCAUCCAGAAGGGCCAAGUGACCGAGAUUUGGGGACCCCCCGGCGCGGGCAAGAGCAUCCUCGGUGUUCAGAUCGCUGCCAACGCGUUGAGACGGGGCGAAGGCGUUAUCUGGGUAGCAGAUGCCUUCCAUCCCAUGUCUCAUGGCCGUCUUUCGGCCCUGAGUCAAGGGUUACCUGGCGAUGAUGCCGAGCAGCAAACCAUGCAGCAGACCUCCUUUGCCCAUUUCACCUGUGCGACUCUGCAUCACUUCAUCGCUUUGCUCUGCCGACCAGCACCAGCAUGCGUGCCGCCGGAUACGACGUUGAUUGUCAUAGAUAGCCUUUCGGCACUGAUCAACCAUGCGUUUCCGAGGUUACAGGAGGCGAAAGGUAGUUUCAAGGCGGGUAGUAAAGCUCCCUCGCCAGCCGCUCGGAGACUGCAACUGCUACAAUACAUCAUUGGAGCUCUGCAGAAGCUUUCGGCGGCUCGAAAUAUAGCAAUAGUCAUCCUGACCCAGUGCGCCACCAGGAUGCAAGCAGAGAGUGGUGCGACAUUGAUCCCGGCGAUUAACGCAGGAGUAUGGGAACAAGGCGUGUCGACGCGACUGGUGCUCUUCAGAGACUGGACCCAUGAUCAUGCCACAAUUGCAGCUGUACAUUGUGUCGGUGUACAGAAACUGGACGGAAAGGCAAACAAUGGUGCAAUAGGAGCGGUGGUCGCAUUCGAUAUCACCCCAACCGGACUGAGCGUCAAGCGAUACGACGGUAACGAGCAACCUCUGAGGCUAGGUUCGGCUUCAACUUAUAAGCGCAAGCUCGGAGACACAUCGUUCGAGGUCCCGGAUAGUGAUGAUGAAGACUACGGGUGGCAGCUCGAAGACGAUAAUUCGAUGCCGAGGAUGCCACCCCAGUGGCAGGGUAGUGAGGAUAUCCUGCUUGGCGAACAACCGAGUGACAGCAACGCCUCUGAGCUGAGUGGCGACGAUGGUGAGGUGGACGAUGCCGCCAAUUCUGAGAACCGGUGA